AUUUGCUAUGGCUGGUCGAGAUUUGCGAUUGUUUGUUACAAAUCACAGAAGUGAUGAAAUAGAAAAGCUCACUCUCCGGAUGAAAGAUGGCCUCGGCAGCAAGAAAUACAAGUCAGUCAACUAUGAACAAUUGCAAGCCUUAUCAGAAGCAAAACGGCAGGCAGCAGCUAAUACAGAAUAUAAGAUACGUAGAAUAUUUCAUGCUGCAAAAACAACCAAAGACCAAAUAUUGGUAAAACAGCAUCGACAGUUUUGGUUUAAAGAGCAAGCAAGAUUAAUGGAAGCAGGAGAAAAAGCAAACCUGGAACUACAGGACUUCCUGCAGCGUGAUGGAAUUAAUAAAGAUUUUUUUCUACAAAUGGAAGACUAUGUACAGGCCUUAGAUGAUGACAGAAAAUCAUUCAAAGCCAGUACAGUGCAUCCCAUCUGGCAGCUAAAAGAUGAUUUACAAUACAAGAUGAUGGAAAUGAAAUCACAAGCCUCCCAGAAGACAGAUGAUUUUGAUUGUCAAGUUAUAUUGGAACAGGUAGAGUUUGUUAAGGAGCAGCAAAAUGCAAUUUUGGAAAAACUGAAGUCAGAGUGGAUUGCUGUGGAAGAAGACAUCAAGGAAACAACUGUUGAAGAUCUGCUCUCUGCUGGUGAAGGGAUUCCAAGUGAAGUAGACCAGAUUCCUGAACAAGUGUUUUUUAUGCCCUGUCCAUAUCCUGAAUUGAAGGCAUCUUUGAUGAAUGAAUUUGAAGCACUUGGUGAAAAGUACAAAUCCAGAUUACAGAGCAUCAAUGAAAGGCUAGAGGCUAUGGACAGGUACUGUGGAUGGAGUAAGGAAGAUCACUUUGUAUUUCAAGUUACUGUGGACCAGUAUCCUCACAAUCAGCAGAACAGCAGAGCCCUUUGUAUGGAUAUGCUACAAAGAUUUUUGCCUCAUAAAUCAAGACAAGAACUGAAUGAUCAUCAGAGAGCUUGGGAUUGGUAUUAUUUUACAACAGAACAGAAAAAAACACUUUUGCAAGGCUGGAUGCGAGACAAACAGGACUUAGUGAUGAAGGCAGUGAUGACCAUAAAAGAGGCAUGUGCUGCUUAUGAAGAGGAAGAGGCACUUAGGAAUGACCGUAAAAGACAGCAAGAAAUCUGUGCUGAACUGAAGGAAAAGCUGGAGCAAUGGCGGGCUUAUCAAGAAGAGGUGGCACGGCUGGAAGCAGCAAUAGCAGCCAGGAAGCAGGAGGAAGCUGAAGAAAAGCUAAGGAAAGAAAAACAGAAAGAAACGCAGAAAAGGACGCAAGACAAAGCCCGGAUUAAACAGUAUUACAUGGAGAAGCAGAGGCAGAGAGAUGCUAUGGAAAAAAGAGAUCAGCAGCAACUGGAGGAACUGAAGAAAAGGAUGUCAGAGCAAGCAAUAAAAGACAAAGAACGAGUUCAGUUCCGGCACCAUAUACUGCAGCAGCGUCUGAAGGAAAGGGAAGAACAAGCUCUCCGACGGCAGCAGGAGGAGGAUGACAAGAAGAAACGACUGGAUGCUUUGCGAAAUCAGGUUGCAGUUGAGGCAGAAUUUGACCCUGUGAGGAUGAUGGGCGAUACGGAGGCAUCAAAAGCCAAAGUCUGCAUGGCUGCUGAAAAUGAGUUUAUUCUUCAAAGGCCUCUUUUCAGCCUACACACCUACAAUGAAAACCAGAUACUUUCCGAUCCCCGACUCCGGAUUGAGCAAGCACUCAGAGAUGCCGGCCUUCAUAACACACUUUAUGCAAAGGACGUUCUAUCACAGAUCACUCCACCAAAGCCCCCCAGGAAAGGCUUGGAGUCGUCCGUGUUUCAGACAUGAUGUAAAACUACCUUCCCUUCCCAACUCUCUUUUUUGCUGCUGUAACAGAAGAGUCAUUUGACUUGCUGUGAAUUUAUUUUGUUAAAAGGGCUGAAAAAAGGCUUCAUUAUAAGAAGCCAAGCUGCACAAACUACUUGAUUCAUUUUGCUGCUGAGAGGUAGGGGGCUCGUGCCUGAUAUAAACACGGUGUGUGUGAAAUGUUUGCCUUGCACUUUGCUGAUUUCAAUAAGCAGAUGCCAGCCACGCUCAUACUGCAGUAAUCUGAUUUUACAUCCAGCUGUGAAUAUAUCACAUCCAAUUUUCUUUUUGCCUCAUUACCACCUAUUCUGCAUCAUCUUCUCUACCACAGCUGCUUCUUGUAUGGGGAAGCAUAGAAAAUAAAGGUAACCGCAACUCAGUUGCAGAAAAUGUCCGGAUUUGUUACAUAAAUGGCCUUAUGAGCACAGCACAGCGCAUUAGGAUUACAAGUAGAAAUAAAUCAGCUGUGAGAACGCAUUGCGACACACUAAAUAUUUACAGCAGGCCUGAUCCAAUAUUAGGAUACUUCUAUGACAUUACAGAGUGACUGCUUACAGCUUUUAAAUGGAAUUACUAAAGGAGAAAUUGUUGAAACAAACGCCUUCAAAACAUAGGAUUUAUAAUUCCUGGGGAGUCCCCACUGAAUUGUGUCUGCAAUUUGACGGCAGGCUGUCAGUGGAGUGAAGCAAAUCAUUUUGGGUUUCCUGAACCUUGCACCACAUGCACCAGUAUUAGAUUGGUUCAUUUUGAAGAGGUUAUGGAAGUUUUAAGGUUAGCAGCAUGUCCUCUUUUAGUGCAACUGUUGGAUGGUGGAUGUCACGCUCUACUAAUGACAAGCUUCUCGAACUCUAGUAGAAGAACACAUGAAAAGCAGGUGACCGUUUGUCCUUUCAGACUCACUUGUGCUCUCAUUGCGUGUUGACUCAACAGUCUGCCCAGCCUGCCCUUUCAGGUAUCACUCAUCCGUUCCUCUACAGCCCUCUUUGUUAAUGGGUGCCUCUUCAGUCCUCCACACUCGCUCCAGCUCAGUACCCACAGGCUGGUGUUUGUGUAAAAUCUUGGCUACA